CUCCCGUGUUUACAACCUCUCGUUCUCGCGGUGAUGAGCUCGUGGACCAAAACAAAAGUUCCCUCGUAGCAUCGUGAUAUCUACUAGUUUCAUGGGGUUUUGUGCUUUUUCUCUGCUUUUAUAAAUGUAUAAACUCUGCAGCGUGGAGAAAGGUGGUCCAGAGAGGCAUCGGACGAACCAGAACGAAGGUAGGUGAUGUCCUCGAGCCCCCACAGACUCGGCCAUCCACACUGCAGGAAGAAGCACUAUCCUAGCAGCACCUACCUCACCCACGUCUGACAGCCCCCCCCUCCCCCACUGGACACAGGGACCCCCUCAACACCAGGUGGACUGCUUACCCAAAGCCAUGUCUGAUUCAGCUGGAGGUGAGGGUGGAGGGGCGGCAGGUGCAGGGCAGGACUCUGAAGCAGACGGCGAGCCCCCUCAUCCAGUCCCAUUAGACUCUGGAGAAGUGGGGGGGGCCUCGGAGGAAGGGGUCCCACCCUGUGCCAAACGGUCCAGGAUGAGCGACGAGGAGCCGGAGCAGGAGGUGGAACCUGAAAAGGCACCCGAAGAAACACCAACAGAGGAAAACCCCACGCCACCUGCACAAACUCGGUUUGGACUUCACCCAGAACCCCACCAUGCUGACCGGCUCCUGGAACGAGUACUCCAGCUUCCCAGAGAAUUACCUAAAAGGCUGCAAAUGGGCCCCCGACGGUUCCUGCGUCCUGACCAACAGUGCGGACAACGUGCUCCGUGUGUACAACCUGGCCCCUGAGAUCUACAGCUACAACUGGGACGUUCUUCCUGAGAUGAGUCCAGUUCUGAGGAUGGCUGAAGGCGACACCAUCUACGACUACUGCUGGUACCCGAAGAUGAACUCGUUGGAGCCGGACACGUGUUUUCUGGCCAGCAGCAGCCGCGACAACCCCGUGCACGUGUGGGACGCGUUUUACGGUGAAGUGCGGGCCAGCUUUCGACCCUACAACCACCUGGACGAGCUGACGGCGGCUCAUUCGCUCUGCUUUUCGCCGGACGGAGCGCAGCUGUACUGCGGCUUCGAGAAAAUGGUUCGGGUCUUCUACACGGAGCGGCCCGGGAGGGACUGUGAGGAGCGGCCCACUCUAGUGAAGAAACAAGGCCAGAUCGGCAUCAUCUCCUGCCUCAGCUUCAGCCCGUGUCAGGCUGUUUACGCCUGCGGCUCGUACUCCCGGUGCGCCGGCCUCUACUCCUGUCAGGACGGCACCCUGCUGGCCCUGCUGCCCACCCGCCACCACGGAGGCCUCACCCAUCUGCUCUUCUCCCCCGAUGGCAACUACCUGUACACCGGCGGGCGCAAGGAUCCGGAGAUUCUGUGCUGGGACCUGAGAGAACCGGGAAAAGUCGUGUUUUCUCUCCAGAGGAACGUGGCCACCAACCAACGGAUCUACUUCGACCUGGACCAGUGCGGCCGGUACCUGCUGAGCGGAGACACGGAGGGGGCGGUGUCGGUUUGGGACACUCGGACGGCGCCCCCUGAUGGUAACGAAGAUCUCCUGCAGCCUGAGCUCCGGUUCCGGGCCCACUGGGACUGCACCAACGGCAUCAGCAUUCAUCCCUUUAUGCCUCUGUUGGCGACAUCCAGCGGCCAGCGGCAGUUCCCGGGGCCCGGUGACAGCGGGGGCGACUCUGCCUCCGACACCGAGGUAGACGGAGCGGAAACGCAAAAGCAGGAGACCCGGCAGGACAACACUCUGUCUCUGUGGUGGGCCGGACCACUCGGGCCUCCUGCUGAGGGGGACCAGGACCAGAACACGGCAGCGGUGGAGGGGUGAAGCUCUCGCAUUACAGCCAAGGAACGCAGAUUUAGGAACGACUGAUCUGCGAAGGCUGUUUUGGGACUUUUGCGUUUGUAAAAAGCUAAUUUGGGUUAUUGAAUGUUUUCUUUUUAGCAUUGUUUAAAAAAUUAUGUUUUUCUUGAGACAACUAUAAGAUUGUAAUAAACUGUAA